UUUCUCUGAACGCAAAAUAAAAAAAAAAACUGAAAUUAUAACAAUUUUUCAACAUUCUUUUUCCAUUUAACAAAAAAUUAUAAUUUAUUUUAUUUAUUUAUUGUGUUGUUUUGUUAAAUAAAAAAAAAAAAAAAACGGUCGCGAAUUGAAAGUAACCAAACAACCUACAAAGAAAUAAUAAUCAACUUUUUUGUGUGAAAUUUCAAAUAAAAAAAAAAAGAAAUUUUCCUGUCUUUUUCAAGGAGAAGAAGAAAUUCCGGAGGACUCUCAAAGAUUUUCUUUUUUUUUUUUCAUCGCUUCAUCAAGAAAAAUGAGCAAAAGAAGAAAUAUUCUCUGCAUAUCAAAAAGAAGCUAGACAAAACGCUUGAGCUGUUGUCUAUUUCCUGUGAAAAAAGCAAGAAAAAAAAAAUUCAUCUGACCAAACAUAAAUUUUUCUCGUUCAAGAAGAAGAAAAAGAAGCAGAAGCAAUGGAAACUAUCGAAGAAUCUUCAACUAAAAGUAAUGACGAAAUGUCAAUAUCACCAUCACCAGAAAACCUAAGAAUAUGCCUUUUAGGCUGUGUUGUCGAUGACAAUUCCAUUGUUGAAGCUGCAAAAACAUUUGGUGUGCCCGUUCUAACAUCGGAAACAGGUCUGGAAAUCUUAACCGAUAACGAAUGGACAACAUAUUUUGUGAUGAAAGAGUUCGAUGGUCCCAUUUAUGAAGCGAUACACAAGAGUAAACACAGAAUAAUGGGACCACCUGCUCUAGUUUAUGCAGCUAAAAUGAAAGAUGGUUUGAUACAUAAUGCAAGACCAAUUUAUAACUACUCUAUGAAAGGAGUAAUCACAUGUUUUACAGGGAUACGAAAAAAGGAUGAGUUGACAAAACUUGUAAAACUAAUUCACUCAAUGGGCGGUGGAAUACGCAAAGAUAUGAACUCCAAAGUUACCCAUUUAAUAAGCAAUGUCAGUGGAGGAGAAAAAUAUCAAUAUGCGAAAACAUUCCGUCUAACAGUGUUGCGCUCACAAUGGGUGCAUGAUGCGUGGGAGAAACGUGAUGAACCACAAUUUCUAGCCACAGCUGAGGAUUUUACCCGCGAUCACAAAUUGAAAGCUUUCGAAGGGCAAAAAAUCUGUUUCUUUGGUUUUCCACCAGACGAGCAUCAACAUAUGCUGGACGUGUUACGAAGUAAUGGAGGAGUGCCAGCUGAAUUGGAUGAUCCAGAUUGCUCGCAUGUUGUAAUGGCUAACACUGGUGGUUAUUUCCCCGAAAAUCUUUCCUCCUCUCCCACAACCACCAUCACUACCAACAAAACUAAAUCCUCUUCCUCUCCUUCAAGUAGUAAUUUCCUUAAUAACAAUAACAAUACCGAAUUACAAGGAGAAAGUUCUGGUGAAGCAAUGGAUGUCGAUGUUGAAAACACUUCUUCAUCUCCAAAAACUCCAGAGAGAGUCCAAAAACCCGAUGGAAUUGUCCUAACUUUGAAUGAAGAAAAUGAAUUUCAAAAUCCUAGCAAUAUUUCACCCAUAUUGGGUGCUUCGGCAUCACGUGCUGCUCCCGAGAAGUUAUUCUCAAUAAUUGAGAACAAUGUAAGUCCAAUUGAUGAUGACGAUUUAGAUAUUGAUGACACCGAAUCAUCAUCUGACCCGAAUAAAGACUUGAAACGAAAACGUGGAAGUCUAGAUAGUAUGUCUAUUAUCUCAGUGGAUUCAUUUGCCCUGCCAAUGAGUGUGCAAAGUGCAAAGAAGCCAAAACUAAUUCGAACUGGUUCGAUUACACGCAGCAUAAAGCGCAGUAUGAGUUUUGUGGCUGUUCGAACGCCAAUUGCAAAAAUGCUACGCCAGCGACGUAGUUCAGUUGAUCCAGAUGCUUCAAUUAGUUCAAUUACCUCGCUAGAGAAUACAUUCAACGAGUCAAUUAAGAAGCCAGUCAAAGAAAAGUUACGAGGUCUACGUGAUCGUCUUACAAGAAGUUCGUCAACUAUUUCGUCGUCGAUAACAUCGAACAAAAAAGUACAAAAAUCAUUAAAUGGGAAAUUUACACAAAAGAAUAACAAAUUUGAAUAUGAAACUCCUGAAAAAAAUGAUAAUAAUUCGGAUACAAUUGAUUUUAAAACACCCAAAGCUCCUAGAUCCAUUUCAAGAAAUUCCACAAAUAUUCCUUAUCGUCAACAAUUUAAUACCACUGCCACUACAACCACCUCUACAUCGGAACAAAAUCCUUCUGAAUGUCCUGGUGUUGGUCCUCCAAAUACUAAUAUUUCUUUAGCUAAUACUAACUCUUUAACUUCUACUGCUGCUACUACUUAUCUAAGUAACCAACAAGAACCAUUAGCAUCAUCACAUCAAUCCUUGCUUGUUCAACCACCAGUCGUUGAUGAACAUUUUGCACAAGCCAAGCCAGAACCGAAAAACAGUCGGACGCAUAUACUUAAAUCGGAUUGGUUUUGGUAUACGAUACAAAAUGGAUAUGCGGAUGAAAUGGAUUAUCUAUUUGGCGAUUAUUUGGAUAGUAUAGCAAACACUCCCAACACAGAUCGUCGUGAUUCGUUACCCAUCAGUUUUAACAAAAGGAAAAGGAAACGUUUCUCACAACGUCUACAAUUAGAAGGUACACCCAUUGGUUCGGGUAAAAGACGUUCUUCUGUGUCUGAUGCUGGUCUUCUAUCAGUAUCUGGAAGCUUUUUCGAUAGUACAGCAAGUCCGGAUAAAAUAGAAAGUGCUGGCAAACUAAUAUCCGAACCAGAAUCAGCCACAGAACAAACUCCGAAAAACAAAUCUAUGCGAUUUAAUCAUUUCAUGGAUUUCUUUAGUACGGAAUCAAAUUAUGUUGGUAUAUUAGAUACCAUUGUGCAUCUCUUUAAAAAUCCACUUGAAGAAAAAGCCGAAUGUUCGGAUGCUCUAUUAAAUAAAUCAGAAAUUCGUGCGAUAUUUGGUAAUUUCAUACCCAUCCAUGAAGUACAUCAACGUAUGCUUGAAUGUUUACGUGAUAUUCAUACCAAAUGGCGUGAGGAUUGUUCAAUUGGUGAAAUAAUCUUACAUCAUCGUGAUGAAUUAAUUAAAGCCUAUCCGCCCUAUGUGAAUUUCUUUGAACAAAUGAAGGAGUGCCUUAUACAUUGUGAUACACAAAAUCCUAGAUUUCAUGCAUUUUUGAAAAUCAAUCAAGCCAAGCCGGAAUGUGGAAGACAAACAUUGCAAGACUUGAUGAUACGUCCUGUACAGCGACUGCCUAGUAUAAGUUUAUUAUUAAAUGAUAUUCUUAAGCACACAAAUAAGAAUAAUCCAGAUUAUCAAAAGUUAGAAGAAGCUUUGAAAGCAAUUAAAGAAGUGAUGGCACAUAUUAAUGAAGAUAAGCGAAAGACAGAGGGUCGAAUGGCAAUAUUCGAUAUUUUUAAUGAUAUUGAAGGAUGUCCCGCCCAUCUAGUAUCCUCAAAUCGCAGUUUCAUAUCCAAAUGUGAAGUCACAGAAUUAUCUGAUAAUUUAAGUGGUCGUGGAGACACUCUCAUGCUCUAUUUGUUCUCGGACACAAUAGAAGUGUGUAAAAAACGAUCGCGAGGAUUCAACAGUGCCAAAUCGCCAAGCACAACAAAAUGCUUCAAACAUAUCAAAUUGAUGUCUUUGAAUGCGAUACGUUUUGUUAUUGACAUCACUGAUAGUCCAAGAGCAUUUGCAAUUCUAUGUCGACAAGAUAAGGAUAAAUUACAUUCAUUUACAAUUGCCGAUGAAGAAAUUGACAAAGUUGUUUAUCUAAAAACACUUUGUAAACAAAUGGCUGAGAAUGCUUGUCGAACUGAUACGGAUAAAUCACUUCUGUUUAGAACAUCACAAGAGCUUGAAGUUGAUAUAAGUGAUGUGAAUUUGAGCACUCUCUCGAAGGCAUUUAAACUUGCUGCCAGAACGAGACUAAAGGUCGGAAGAGCAUUUUCCUUCAAUAAAACUCCAUCAAAAUUGAAAAGAGCUGUCUCCACGAUGAUGACUUCACCAUUCGGGAGCACAAACUCCCUAACUCCCGCAUCGCAGCUGGCACAGAUGAGGCUUGCCAGCUGUACAAAUAUUAACGAGGUAGUUGGUGAAGAAGAUAGUCGUUGUGGAUCACCUACAUCACAAUCUGAAGUGUUAGUCGCUCCAUUGUCCAUUCAGCCAACGAGAAAAGCCAAAUCAUCAACUAUGUCUAUGGCUGCAUUAAGGCGUAUUUGAUACUAAAUGUAUUCAAGGUCUCAACCAAAAGGAAACACAUCCAUCAUUUUAAAAAAGUAUUACAAUCCAAGGAAGGGCAUUAACUAAAUAAUAAUUCUAUCGUAUUUGUAUUUGUCUGAGUUUGUUGGUGGUCUCUUUUUUAUAGCAAAGAAACUCUCCCAACGAAAAAAAGUCGUAUAUUGUAUUGUAUAAGUCCUGUAAAUCUGUGUUUAGCGCCGUCUAGAGUUUCAUUCUAGACAGAUUUUUAAGCAAUUGACAAAAAUAUUUUAUGUACCUACAAAGUGAUUGAAAGAAGAUGCCAUCAGAGUUAGCUGGACCUAAUUAAAUUACUCUGAUUACUCUCAAUCACAAAAGAAUACAAACACAUUUUUUUAGUGUACAAUGUGACCAAUUUUUGAAACAAAAGUAUCAAUUAAUAGCGUUAAGCGCGUUCGUUUAGUAACGUAAAUAAUUAUGUGAAAAAUCAUAAUUUUUUUUGUAUAUUUAUUAAAUCUCAAUUUUAUAUUGUAAUUAAAAUUUAAACAAACAAUCUCAAUAAAGACGAUGAUGAUGAUUAAAAAAAAGCGAAAGUAAUCUCUGUAAACUAAACAAAAUACUCUCAUUUCGCGAAAGUGAUUUCACUUUUUAAAAAAAUGUCACAUCAUCGCUAGGAAAAAAUAAAUAAAUAAAAACAGAAACCAAUUUCCAUGAUCGUAUGAAUGAAAAUAUAAAAAAAAAACAGUUAUUAAUUAAUUAAUAAGAAAUAUGUAAAAUUACAUAAUUUUUAAGUAAAAUUAAUGUAUAUUAAAUGCGAGAGUGUGUUUAAUUUAAUUACUAUAAUUAUAAUUAUUGUGUAUUAUUAUUUCUAUUUUAUUGUAAUGUAAUUUUUUAUGUUUAUUUUAUUAUUUCUUCUUUUUGUUUUCUGUUUGUUUAAGUUAUUGUAAAAUAGUUAGUGAUAGUUUUUGAAAGCAUAUUUUACAUAUCUAUUAUUAAAAUUAUUUAUGUAUUAAGAAGAUAUAUUAAAUGGAAAACAUUUAUAAAUAUUCGAUUAUGAUUAUCUCCUAUAAAUUUAAAUGAUACAAAUAAAUAUAUAUAUAUAUAUACUUUAUUAAGAAAUAUUUAAACGAA